UGUUUUCCCGGGCCUUCGGACUUCCGGCGUCACGUCUUGCGCUUUCCACUAGUCUAUGUUACGUUCCUUUCCAUGCAAAGUAUUAUAAAGCUUGCUUGAUACCGUUUCGUCGUUGCGUGGGAGCUUUAAUUUGGCGGAAAGGAAAGCGGUGAACCAACUUUCGCGCGCAUCCUUGAUAGAGCACUGGGAACGAUGGCAGGACACGACGCCAUGCUAUUAUUUCUUCAUGAGAGCUUUAUGGCAUUCUGUGAGGUGCUGACUGCGGAAGUUAACUGCUGGGAGGCUUGUAAAACAAAGCUGCAACAACUCCAACAGCAGUGGCAAGAGAAAGGGCUUUACGGUGCCAACGCCCUAAACACAAUCACUCAAUACCAAGCUCAAAUAGCAUGGCAGGACAUGCCACCCGACCAAUUUCAUAAGUUUUAUCGAUUCGUCUUCCACAUAUGCCGGGAGCCUGGGAAACGCAACAUAUCGAUGGAGCAGGCGGUGGCAGCCUGGCGGCGCAUCAUGGUGGGCCGCUUCCGCCUGCUCGACCGCUGGAGCGCCUUCGCAGCGGCAAGCCAGGCGAGGGUGGUGACGGAAGACACCUGGCGGCAGGUUCUGGAUUUUAGCCGUACAGUUCACGAGGACCUCUCCAACUACGACCCCGCGGGCGCAUGGGCCGUACUGUUGGAUGAGUUUGUAGAGGACAUGCGCUCCUCAUCCCGCCGUCGUAUGACAGCUGACGUGGCAGGUAGCGGAGCAGCAGCAGGCAGCGGCGGUGUCUGCUACACACUCCACAGAGGCGGCAGCGGCGGCGGCUCCGACUUGCUGCUCCUCGGCGGCCACCACCACCACCACCAGAGGUGCGGCUCCUCAUCUUCUGCAGCCGACCUGACGUCACUGUUAAUGUACGGCAACACCAGCGGCGGCGGCGCAGGUAGCGAUGCCGGCGGCGGCGGCGGCGGAGGGCUGCUGGGGUGUGACUCCUACAUGACCAGCAUCUCACCGCGUUGCGGCAGCAAGCGCCGUGAGCCGGAUGUGGAUGUGGUGACGGAGCAGCUGUCCGCCAUGCCCCUGGGGUCCGGGCAGCACCCCCAUGCGCAUGCGCACCCCCAGCUCUGCCAGCAGGGGCAAGGCACGUGCGUCGGACCCGGACACGGUCACUGCCAGGGCCAGGGCUGUCAGGGUCAUGGGCCAGGUGGGCUGCAUUACCCGCAUGGAGGCUGCUGCGGUCAUGCGGGGUUAGGGGCCGGCGGUGGGGGCGGUGGGGGCCACCCUGAUGCGCUUGCCAAGCGGGUGUGUCUGGAGCGACAGCCCUCCCAGCAGCAGUUCCCGCAAGCGCUGGGACCUGGGGAUCCUCAUCACCCACAGUUUCAACACCAGCAGGACCCGCAUCAGCACCACCACCAGCAGCAGCCACACAUGGCGGCGAGAGGCGGGGUUUGCGGCCCCGGCGGCGGUGACGGCACUGGUGGGGCUGCUGCUUGCAUGGGUGACGGCGGGAGUGUGGGUCCAGGCUUCAUGCUCAGCCGAGCGCCCAGCAGCGGACAGCAGCCGCAGCAGCCCAUGAUGCCUUGCUCCGCUGGGGCCUGCGGGGAGUGCAGCGAGGACAGCCAGGGGCCCGUGGGGUCGGCGGGCAUGGAGGGAGUGCAGGAUUCUAUGCUCGUUAACUGUCAGUCGCAGCAGCACUUUACUACACAGCAACCGCAGCAGCAGCUUUUCCCUUCCCAACCGCAGCAUUGCCAGCAGCGGCGGGCGAUCAAGGCGCGACGCUCGGGCGUGUCCGACAUUGUCAGGACUGCUGUCUCUGAGGCGUUGGGGUUCUAGCACGCUGUCUUUGAGGCGUUGGGGUUCUAGCAGUAGGUGCUGCUCUGCAAUUGCCGUGUUAUGUUAGCUAGGCCUAAGAAAGCUGACGCCGUUCAUUCCCCUUUGCUGCGUGGGACCCACGGGUCGGUGGUGGAAGGCUACACGGCAUGUUUCGUGGCAUCUGUAGCCGUUUUGCAGUUGACAAGUGCCAGUUGGUGCCGAUAAACACGUGUCAGUGGGAAUCUGCCAGUGUCAUCGCCUCUAUGCUGACGAAGUGCAUGUUGCAUGAUGACUAUAAACUGCUGAUCCUAAGUAAUUAACAGGGCAGUAAGAUAGCUGGUGCAGGGAACCAUGGUAGGACUGUCUAGGAUUGUGUAGACUGCCUAAACUCUUAGGCAAAGUAUAGUGUGGUGGGACAGCGCCAAGUUGCUACUGGCUCCUAUCAGUUGUACGACUUUCGUUUACCCGACACGGGUAACUUGCGGAAUGAUUCGCCGGCAUAGUUUAGAGCGAGCCUGUGUAGGAAGUUGCGAUUUGUGCCCGCACCGGAUACGCCGGAAGGAUGGAAGACCUGUGUUUUGGCGUUUGGCGGCCACGAGCUGAGGAGAGCAUUACGCAGGAGGCCUAGUCCAGUGCUUCACUCGACUUCACUGCACUGCCGCAGCAGUUACGAGCAGGCAUGAUGGCGCAAACGAUGACCGCUGAAAACAAGGUCUUUAAAGUAAUGGGAG